AUGGAAGACGGCGCAAGUCUGCCUUUGGCCCUUCACCAGUUGGAGAGAGCCAUCGACGACGAGGCGGAUCCCUCGGUUCUGCGAGCUGUGCGGCAGCGGCUGAUGGAAAGGCUCACCGCACGCAUUAAUGAGCUUGAAGAAUUUUCUGUGACUCUGCUCCGACCCAGCGGAGACUCUCGCACACUUUCUGGCUGCCUUCCUGAUGACUUGCUGGAAGCCUUGCGAGAGAAGGCCGCGAGGGAGUUUGGCAUCCCACGAGACGCCAUAGUUCUUUGCAGAGGAUCGCGGCAAUUUGCAGUGAAGGAGUUGCGCAUGUCGCUGGCAGAUGUUGGCGUCGGCCGGGGGACGGAACUCACGUGCUUUCGUGAUGCCGGCUGCAGGACGUAUUGGCGGCUUCAGAUUGUGGAAGAAGUGUGUGAAUGGGAGGCAUUGAUCUACAACGUAGAAUUGUACGAUCAAUUCAACACCUUGAUACCGUUCGCAGGAAUCGAAAGCAUCGCUUGCAACGGCGAGAGGAACGGCCGGAUCGCCCGCAACGCCUUCGAUGGCCGAUCCGACACCUUCUGGGAGACACUCUUCGGCAGCGAGAAAGUUGGUACAUGGGUGACCUGCAAACUGCGCGAGGCUGCAGCCAUCCGCCGCAUUCGGGUGAAGCAGGGCAAUGCGGGCAACGCCAUCCGCGCCUUCGAGGUGCUCUGCUCCGAGGAUGGCCAGGACUGGGUCUCCGUUUGGACGGCACGUGAUAUGGGGCCGCAUUGGAGCGCUUCCUCUGCUCCACAGGCUGGGCUCUGUGGGCUCUGGUGUGCAGAGUAUGCCGCGGUGAAUACUACUUUUGCAGCCUCCACAAGAUGGCACGACUCAGGCAUAGCACCUCAGGCGCCCGGCUGGCAGCUUAUAAGAGGCACUAUCGAAGCAGCGCUCGGCCUUGCCGCUUUUGCGUUGGUGGUCGCGCUCCUGCUUCCGCUGUCUUUGCUUCUCACAGUGCUGGAAGCUUUGCGAGCCUGCCUGCGACUGGACGCGAAGCCCAAAGCUCCGUUGGAGGAGGGCCGUGUCACCUUGGUUUUGCCUGGCACUUGCUCCUAUGUCUUUUGGCAACUGGGAAUGAUACAGUACCUCUGUGAGCACUUCGACACACGAAGCGCCAAGCUUGCUGGAGUCAGCAGCGGCACCGUAGGUGCGGUAAUGCUGCUGCAGCUGGAAGAGGUGGCCGCCGCUGCUGACUCAGACUCUGCAGGUGUGGCGGCAGCUGUUCGUCAGAGAGCCCACCAGAUUUUUGGAAUCAUUGAGAGCAAGGCUGCGCAGAACAUGGCCUCACCAACAGCCUUUGUAGGGCGCUUGGGCACUUUGAUGGACAUUCUAGCUGCAGAAUUGCUGUCGGAAGGCGACUAUUCCGCCUUGAGCUCCCGCAUGCGCAUCGGAGUGAGGCGAUUGGCCACCGGCUUUGUCCCCGCGAUGGUGCCCGACGUCAUCACCAGCUUUUCCUCACGAGAAGAGCUGCUGGAGAGUGUUAUGGCAUCAUGCAAUGUAUGGCUGGUGGUCCGCUUCAAGCCAUGGAGAUAUGUUCCCAGCCUGCGGGCCUUUUGUAAUGAUGGAGUGAACCCCUUUUCCUUCCACUGCUUCUUCGAGUACCUGUAUGACCUGCGCAGCGAGAUGCGGGGCGUCAUUGCCGCGAACCAUCGCCACGGCGGCGCAUGGGCCAAACUCUACACCGUUUGGAAUUACCAAGUGUUGCUUUCCCCUGCUGACCGGCACCUGUGGAUAAGCCCCACCGUUGGUGGUCGGCUGGAUAUCCGAAACAUGGUGAGGUUUUCCGGCUGGUUUAUGGGCCAUCAGUGGCAGCAAGGCUACAUUCAUGCACGAGAUUUAGAUGCACAAGGUUACUGGAGGGAUCUGCCCAGGCGACCUGGCAUGUGAGACUUCCAGAGCUGAAGCCGCGGGGCUUCAGAAUCUUCCGGGCGCUGAAUCCAGCACUCCAGUUUGGUGCAGUCUGGCGCGAAAGCGCCC